AUGUUAAACCAGAGCUGUGUCACUGAGUUCAUACUCCUGGGACUUUCACAGAACCCCACAAUUGAGAAAAUAUUAUUUGUUUUAUUUUUGUUUUUCUACCUUGCAACCAUUGUGGGCAACAUGAUAAUUGUGGUCACAAUUAUAAGCAGUCCCUCACUCCUUGGUAUGCCCAUGUACUUCUUUUUGUCUUUCCUAUCUUUCCUGGAUGCAUGUAUUUCUUCUGUAAUCACACCCAAGAUGAUCAUUGACUUCUUCUAUGAGAGGAAGACCAUCUCCUUUGAAUGUUGCAUGACACAGCUAUUUGCAAUCCACUUCUUUGCAGGGGCAGAAGUGAUUGUCCUAGCAGCCAUGGCCUAUGACCGCUAUGUGGCCAUUUGCAAGCCCCUUCAUUAUUCUUCCAUCAUGAACAGGAGGAUGUGUGGCAUUCUGGUGGGGAUAGCAUGGACAGGAGGCUUCUUGCAUUCUAUCAUACAAAUUAUCUUCACUUUGCAGCUACCCUUCUGUGGACCCAAUUCCAUUGAUCAUUUCAUUUGUGACUUGUUCCCAUUACUAAAGCUUGCCUGCACUGACACACAUAUUUUUGUUGUUUUAGUGUUUGCCAACAGUGGGUCUAUUUGCAUCAUUAUUUUUUCCUUAUUACUUGUUUCUUACUGUAUCAUCUUGUUCUCUCUGAGAUCUCACAGCUCUGAAGGGCAGCGUAAAGCUCUCUCCACUUGUGGAUCCCACAUUACAGUUGUGCUUUUGUUCUUUGUCCCGUGCAUAUUAAUAUAUGCACGAAAUACUUCUGCAUUCUCUUUUGAGAAAAACGUGUUUAUAUUUGCUGAUGUCCUGACACCACUGCUCAAUCCUAUAGUUUACACUUUCAGGAAUAAAGAAAUGAAGACUGCCAUUGGGAAAAUGUGGAGGAGAUUGUUUAAAAUUUCUGGUAAACAGUAA